AUGGACAAAGCGAAUUUCCUGAUUUGUAUUCAUGCAAGUGGAGCAGUGGAAAAACCGCAGUGUGGCGGAAGAAUCCGCUUGAACGGCUGUAUGGAAUUGUGUAAGUGGAAGAGUUCCGAAAUUGCGAAAACUUUGAAGAAGUUCCGAGCUACCUACAAAAUUAUCCAGAAGAAACAUGGCGAAAAAACAAGGAUUUAUCAAAGCAACAAAGUUCCUCAGUUUUAUCGAACUACCUAUUAUCCGUCAUGUGAGCGACGCAAACUAUUCAUGACGCCACCUGUUUUUACGAAAAAAGUUGAUGAAACCGUUGAUGUGGUCGCUUAUCAUACAAGAAGUCGUGAAACUGCAGCUGCGGCUCCGAUCAUGCCUGUAAGAUUCCGCAUAUCUUUGUACAUAUGCCCUUACAUCCUAGCAGCACAUCCGGAACCAGAGCAAGAAUCUAAUUUCGGGAAUUUAUCCGAUAAUUUUCUCAAAACUAGAGGAUUUUCGUACUCCCGAAAACCACCAGAGUUCGAAAACGGCGAGUUACUUCGCCUGGAAAACGUAAAACGAAAAUCCGGCAACCAUUACCACGUAAGGCACAACGACGAGCAGAGCAAAAACUUUCGCGAUCAGGUGGCGUACGGAAGCGAAGACGCAUGA